CGGCGUCGGUGGCCGCGGCCGGGGACGGUGUGAGAGCGGUAAGAUGGCGGCGGCGGCGGUGGUGGAGUUCCAGAGAGCCCAGUCUCUACUCAACACCGACCGGGAGGCCUCCAUCGACAUCCUCCACUCCAUCGUGAAACGUGACAUUCAGGAGAACGAUGAGGAGGCAGUGCAGGUCAAAGAACAGAGCAUCCUGGAACUGGGGUCUCUCCUGGCGAAGACUGGGCAAGCUGCAGAGCUUGGAGGACUCCUGAAGUAUGUGCGACCCUUCUUGAAUUCCAUCAGCAAGGCUAAAGCGGCUCGUCUGGUCCGAUCUCUUCUUGAUCUGUUUCUUGAUAUGGAAGCAGCUACAGGGCAGGAGGUCGAGUUGUGUUUAGAGUGCAUCGAGUGGGCCAAAUCAGAAAAAAGGACUUUCUUACGCCAAGCUUUGGAGGCAAGACUGGUGUCUUUGUACUUUGAUACCAAGAGGUACCAGGAAGCAUUGCAUUUGGGUUCUCAGUUGCUGCGGGAGUUGAAAAAGAUGGAUGACAAAGCCCUUCUGGUGGAAGUACAGCUUUUAGAAAGCAAAACAUACCAUGCUUUGAGCAACCUGCCGAAAGCCAGAGCUGCCUUAACCUCUGCUCGAACCACAGCCAAUGCCAUCUACUGCCCCCCUAAAUUGCAGGCCACCUUGGAUAUGCAGUCAGGUAUUAUCCAUGCAGCAGAGGAGAAGGACUGGAAAACUGCAUACUCAUAUUUUUAUGAGGCAUUUGAGGGUUAUGACUCCAUCGAUAGCCCCAAGGCCAUCACAUCUCUGAAGUACAUGUUGCUGUGCAAAAUCAUGCUCAACACCCCAGAAGAUGUCCAAGCUUUGGUGAGCGGGAAGCUUGCACUUCGGUAUGCUGGGAGGCAGACAGAAGCAUUAAAAUGUGUGGCUCAGGCUAGCAAGAACAGAUCACUGGCAGAUUUUGAAAAGGCCCUGACAGAUUACCGGGCUGAGCUCCGGGAUGACCCAAUCAUCAGCACACACUUGGCCAAGUUGUAUGACAACCUGCUGGAACAGAAUCUGAUCCGAGUCAUUGAGCCUUUUUCCCGAGUACAGAUUGAACACAUAUCUAGCCUCAUCAAACUCUCCAAGGCCGAUGUGGAAAGGAAAUUAUCGCAGAUGAUUCUUGACAAGAAAUUUCAUGGGAUCUUGGACCAGGGGGAGGGCGUCCUGAUUAUUUUUGAUGAACCCCCAGUAGAUAAAACUUACGAAGCUGCUCUGGAAACAAUUCAGAACAUGAGUAAAGUAGUGGAUUCCCUCUACAACAAAGCCAAGAAACUGACCUAGAGUUGGAUCUGUAGCGGUCCUUUGGAGAGUGUGUGUGGCAGGAGAGUGAAACCUUUGGGGAAAAUGCUAGGAGAUUUUUUUUCUUUUUGUUCUACUUUUCGCUCGGAAAGUUUUUUAAAUCCUCAUUUGGUACAUCUGUGUUCCAGUCAAUAGGUGUGCCAGUUUUCAUGUAAUCUUUACUGGCCCAACUUGGGAGCGGGAAAUUGCCUAAAAAAAAAAAAGAAAGAAAGAAAAAGGAAACAGAAAAGGUUAUUCUAAAUAAAAGGAAAAAGGCUUACACUACCUAAAGCUGUGCUCUCUGCCUCCUGGGAGAGGGCCGCAAAGCCGGGCACUCUGCCAGCCACUGGGGGUGCUGAUCCACCCGCUGGGCGUCACCUCUCCUCUUCAGAAUUGGGUGUUUGCAGACCAUCAAAAGCAACGACUUUUUAUUCUGUUUGUACUGAACCAAAACAAACAACUGUGUAUAGACUGCUAUUUUCUUUUUUAUUUGAAAUGAGGCGUUUCGGUGUUCUUUCCCCUGCCAUACGGCCUGUCCACCCGCCCCUCCCCGACAUUGGCUCCAGCAGACUGGCCGAAAGGUCCCGCCGCCGCCGCCGCAGCAUCAACAGCGCAGCAGCAGCAGCAGCAGCAGCACCUACACGGCUCCGCUCUGACCUGUGAAGGAAUGGGGACUAGGCCAGGAGCUGGUGCCUACCGCGGCCACACAGGGAGCAGUGUGGGCCCUCAGCCCCCAGGGGGCCUGCUGUGCAUGUGGCUUCUUUUUUAACACAGUAAACUAGAUUAGACGUCAGUGUUUUAAUUGCCCUUCUCUGCUUUGUUCUCUCUCCCUUCUCUUUCCCCUGUGUCAACCAGGAGACCAUCACCUGUCUCUUCCCCUCCCACUGCCCCCUCCAGAGGAGUCAGGCUGUCUGCCACCCAACAGCUUCUCUCCCUGUCCCACUCCUUUUGCUGUCACAUGGAUUUAUUCCUUUUUUAAACAGUGAACAUCGGAAAUGAGACUGUGGGGUGUGGUUUUUUUAAUUUUUCUUGUUGGGUUUUCGAGCAACCUCGUGUCCCCCCUCCCAGGGAGCUUCUUAAUUUACCUCUUAAAAAUCACCCGGGUGGGAUGGGAGGCAGAGCGCUGUAAUGCAGCAUGCUUUGUUGUAUGACGAGGUGGCCCUAGUGGGCUGUCAUGCCAUGGGGGCAGGUAAGCUUCUGCACCUUUGUUGUGCUCAACUAUAUUUCCUUUUUCGUUUCCUCUUUGUCUUCUCUUUUUUCCUCUCUCCCUCCUCCUGUCUCCUUUCUGCUGGUCUCCUUUUCUCUUCCCUUUCUCAGAUUAUCCUACCAGGUUUUCUUAAUAAAUUUAUAUUUUGUAAAAGGAUUUUGUUGUACCAGGUUUUGCAUCCUCACCAAAUCUGACUGGCUUUUACUUUCCUCUCCACAAUCAGGUUUUUGUUCGCAACAUCUUUUCUCCCCAUCAUGUCCAGUCACUGUUUUGGUUUUGGCACCAUCAAUAUCAAAUGUACAAACGGUUCUUGCUAACCAACACCAGGUAUAUCUGAUGUUCAGAUGAGUUCCAAUAAAAAUAAUUUUUUUUUCAA